CAAUAGCAUUCGCUUCCCUUCCCCUUCCGCCAAUCGGAAUACCCGGCAGGCGACGCAGUAUCGCGAGCUCACAUUGGCUGCGCGGUGUCAGCCAAUGAGAGAGGGCUUGGAUCAACGUGAGGGAAAAGUCUGAAGCAGCGAACAUGUUGCGUCGACAGGCCCGGCUGCGGAGGGAGUAUCUGUACCGGAAGGCUCAGGAGGAUAAACUGCGCAGCAUCGAGGAGAAGAAACAAAAGCUGAAAUCUGCCCUGGACGAAAAUAAGCUGAUUCCCACGGAACUGCGGCGUGAAGCACUGGAGCUGCAGAAGGCCACGGAGUACGACGACGGAGGAGGACAAGGAGUGAGCAGUCAGAUGGACGAUGAGUACAAGUGGGCCGGAGUGGAAGACCCCAAAGUCAUGAUCACCACCUCCAGAGAUCCCAGCUCCAAGCUCAAGCAGUUCGUCAAGGAGGUCAAAUUAAUUUUCCCAAACAGCCAGCGGAUGAACCGAGGGAAGCACGAUAUCGAGGCGCUGGUGACGGCGUGCAAGGCCAAUGCCGUGACAGACUUGGUCAUCGUGCACGAACACCGGGGUGUCCCAGAUGGACUCGUGGUUUGCCACCUGCCCUUCGGCCCGACGGCGUACUUCGCCCUCUCCAACGUGGUGAUGCGGCAUGACAUCCCGCGCAUCGGCACCAUGUCUGAGGCCUACCCCCACCUCAUCUUCCACAACUUCAGCUCCCGGCUCGGACAGAGGGUCUCCAGCAUCCUGAAGUAUUUAUUCCCAGUCCCUAAAGAAGACAGCAAGAGGGUGAUCACGUUCGCAAACCAAGACGACUACAUCUCCUUCAGGCACCACGUGUACAGAAAGGUGGAUCACAAGAACAUCGAGCUGUCUGAAGUGGGGCCUAGAUUUGAAAUGAAACUGUACCAGAUUAAACUGGGGACCCUGGAGAACGAGAAAACCUCCGAGACGGAAUGGUGCUGGCACCCGUACACAAACACGGCCAAGAAGAAGAGGUAUCUGAGCAUUGAGUGAGGUGGAGCACUGGGUGUCUGGGACGGGUGAGGGAGAGACCAGCCUCGGGCUCCACCGCUGUGUGGCUACCACCAGACUUGGAGGCAAAGAUUUCCUCCGGAAGACUUCUUACUGCCUGAGAGAGACUGCAGAUGUCAAAUAAACAGCUAACCAGGACCCACACUGGUUGCUAACCCAGUUUA